CUACAUGAAUUUCAGGUGGAGCUGCACAUUUAUUGGCCGCAACACCAUUUACACGAUCUCUGCAAGAAGCACGACAUAUCCGUCACUUCCUACGGUUCCCUGGGAUCGCCUGGUCGAGUUAAUUUCAAGGCUGAGGGAGUAAAAGUUGUUUGGCAACCAGCCCCGAGUUGUCUCGAGGACGUCAAUGUGAAGGAGAUGUCUAAAAAAUACAACAAAACACCAGCACAGAUUUUGCUGCGUUACGUUAUGGAACGAAAUAUUGCUGUGAUACCGAAGUCUGUACACUCUAAGCGGAUUAUUGAGAAUUUCAAGGUAUUUCAGACGUUUUCUUCGGAAGGCAAUUGGUCACUUGGUAGCAUGGAGGAAUCCAAGAGGAAGAUCUCGUUCUAG